AUGAAGCCUCAAGUAAUCCACACAACACAAGAAACCCUUAUAUCACAUUCCAAACUUCAGGAGAUCACUUUGCUCUCUCUUCUAGCUAAUUACCACUCUCUGGAAUUUACUUUUGUCGACAUUCUGGUAGUUUCCGACAUCUCGAGUCUUUUUUCUCAAUGGAAGAUCUGGUGGCCAAGAUGAUCUCGGAGAAGCCGGUAGUGAUCUUUAGCAAGAGCUCAUGUUGCAUGUGCCACACCAUCAAGACGCUUCUUUGCGACUUUGGGGCAAACCCUACAGUCCACGAGCUAGAUGAGAUUCCGAGAGGCAAGGAGAUCGAGCAAGCCCUUGUGAGACGCGGGUGCAACCCGGCAGUCCCCGCUGUGUUCAUCGGCGGCCAGCUUGUCCGUGGAGCCAAUGAGGUGAUGAGCCCCAUCUCAGUAGGUCCUUGAUCCCUAUGCUCAAACGCGCCGGAGCGUUAUGGGUUUAAAGAUUUCAUCGACAGUCUCAUCCGGCCAAAUAA